AAGACAGCAGACAGUCCAAGCGGGAGCACACCAGAGGCCACAGAGCAACUGGAACUGCAACUGGGAGACAAGAUGACGAGAUCGACCUACAUUUGGGCGCUGGCCGCCUGCCUGAUCGCCUGUGCGAGCGCCAACUACGGCGGUUCCCAGGGCUAUGGACCCGAAUCCGGAGGCCAUGGCGGUAGCGCUGAUGGCGGUGCCGAUGCCGCUCUAGCUGCUGGUGCUGCUGCCGGCGGCGCCGGCGGAGCUGGUGGAGAGUUCGGUGGUGCUGGCGCCGGAGCCGGAGCUCUGGAGUCCGGAGCUGAUGCCGCUGGUGUGGCCCAGGCUGGACAGAGCAGCUACGGCUCGGACCAGAACAUCCCCUACAAGCCGGUGAACACCAAGGGCAACACCCUCACCUCAUCGAUCACCUACCCGCAGAACAAGGGCGAGAUCCUCAUCCACCGUCCCGCUCCCAUCAUUGUCAAGCGCCCGCCCACCAAGGUGCUGGUCAACCAUCCCCCACUGGUGGUGAAGCCCGCCCCCGUGGUGCUCCACAAGCCCCCAGCAAUCGUGCUCCGCAAGGUCUACGUCAAGCACCACCCACGUCGCGUCAAGGUUGAGCCCGUGUUCGUCAACGUGGUCAAGCCGCCAGCAGAGAAAUACUUUGUGAACGAGAACAAGCAGGGCUACGGACAGGGCUCGCAGUCCCAUGGCCAUGGACAUGGCGGACAUGGACACGGUGGCCACGGACACGGCGGCCAUGGACACGGUGGACACGGCUCGGGACCCCAUGGUCCUGGCCAACACGACGGUGGUCGCGCCCUGCCCGCCUACGCGUCGGGAGCCGACUCCGCCGCCGCCAGUGCCGGCUACCAGCUGCUCCAGAGCGGAAACCAGGGCCUGUCCGCCCUCGCCAACAUCGCCGGCGAACGGGAGGGUCCCUAUGGAUCCGGACCCAGUCACCAGCACUACAGCGCUGGACCUGCUGGUCAUGGCGGCUAUGCUGCUCCCUCUUACUAAGCAAGUUGUGGAGGAGUCACGGAUUAAGUGACUGCUGCGGCUCCGGAAUCCCCUGAAGCGGCUGUCCAGUCACCCGGUUAUCCGGCAGAUUAGUUACUAUGUUUUAGAAAAAACACAGCCUGAUCGCACAACGCCCAUGCCUAUGCCCACGCCCGCUCAUGCACAUAAAUCCGCACCCAAAUCCACCCACCCAUUCAACG